CUGCAGCCGCCUUCGAAACAUUCAGAGUAUCCUGACGCAGAGCAGCAAAUCUCAACCUGAUGGAAUCCUUUGCAUUUUAGGAAUAGAUAGUCGAUACAAUGAAGGUUGCAGAGAACUGGCAAACUAUCUGCUUUUUGGCUUGUAUAACCAGAAUAACAAUGACUUUGAAAGAACUGGGUUUCCUGAAGAAGUUCUUGAUGAUAUAAUCAUAUUAAUAAAACCUGACAGUGUCCAUCUGUACUGCAACCCUGUGAAUUAUAAUCAUCUUUUACCAUAUGUGGCAUACUGGAGGAACUUGCAUUUUCACUGUCUAACUGAAAAUGAGUAUGAAGAUGAAGAAGCUGCAGAGGAAUUCAAAAUUUCCAGCUUUGUAGACAUGGUUCGGGAUUGCAGUCGCAUUGGUAUUCCGUACAGCUGCCAAGGUCACCUACAGAUAUUUGAUAUGUUCAUUGUUGAAAAGUGGCCAAUAGUGCAGGCUUUUGCACUGGAGGGAAUUGGGGGCGAUGGCUUCUUUACAAUGAAGUAUGAAUUAAUGGACGUCAGCGUUGAUUUGUGGAAAACAUACAGCAAAAUGGAUCCUGUUUCCUUGGAAGACUUGCUGUUUGAGGAUUUAAUGAUUUUUGAACAUCAGUGGACCAACUUUUUUGCUAAUUUUGAUACUGAAAUUCCCUUCAUUCUGGAACUAUCAGAAUCUCAGGCGGGGGAGCCUUUCAGAAGUUAUUUCAGUCACGGAAUGAUCUCAAGCCAUAUAACAGAUAACAGCCCUAGCCGGCAGGUUUUUGUUUUGUUUGGUAGCCACUCAACUAAGGAAAACUUGAACUCUGGUAACUUUAAUUUUCCAUCAGAAGGACAUUUGGUUCGAAACACUGGCCUUGGUGGAAGCACUGCUAAGCAUAUGGUAGUGCAGUGUGUGUCUCCAAAGGGACCUCUGGCUUGUUCAAGGACCUAUUUUUUUGGAACCACUCACGUUCCUUUCCUGGGAAAUGACAAUGAGACACACAAGCAAGCGGAUCAAGUUACGCUGUUGUCGCAAAUCUAUACUGCUGUUGUAGAGGCUGUGCUUGCUGGCAUUGAGUGCUAUGCUAAAACUUCCACUGAAUCCAAGGCAAAGGAGGUAGCAGAGCAGAUGCUCAUGUCUGUGUUUGAUACCCUUCAUUUAACACAACUUAAAACAGCAUUACGCUCCAAAAUCACUUUUCAAAUCCAGGCUGUGAAUAAUCAUGGAAGAAUUACUCCAUUAGAUAAUGAGGAUAGCCUGAGUUUGAUUAAAACGGCGUCUAUGAUGAUAUUUGACAUUCCAGACUUGCUCGCAGGAAAAGGAUGCUUGGGAUCUGUUGUCUUUUCAGAGUCUUUUCUAACAUCACAGAUACAAGUAAAAGAAAAAGAUGGCAGCAUUAAUUCAGAAGCCAGACACAUAAUACUGACGGCUGCUAUCCCAAGAUACGCUUCUUGGCUGGUUGAAGACAGUGAUGUGAAACUGUCUGAAAAGGCACAGCAUAUAUUGAAGGAAGACAAAUCUUUUCUGGGCUCUUUACUCACUGGAGGUGAUGGAGCAUAUAUUUAUUCCAGCAAUCCACUGGCCAUGCCUACAGAAGGCAAAUUGUACUUCUUUUCAGAUGGCAUUCUCUUUUCUCAUCCCCACCAUGGCAGCAUUUCCAUUUCAAAGAACCAUAUGAAUUCAAUUUCUCUCUAUGAUGGG